AUGCCGCACCGCUACCGCGACGCAGACGUUUCCAAAAUUUGGCACCGCGCCGCUGCCGCGACGCGGAUAUUAGAAUCUGGCACCGGACAAGCAGCAAUAAUUUUUGUCAUGAUAAAUCGUGUUAAAUUACAAGGGUGGUUGGGAAAAUCAAUUAGAAAAGUUAUUGAAAAACCAAAACAAUUUCCAGUUUGGAACAAUAGAAGCGAUAAAACUUCUCUACUAGCAAAAUAUGUGACUGAGAAUGAUAUUAGCUAUAAACGAAUCGGACAAAUUAUAGAUGAAAUUAAGCUUGGAAAGAGGCAAGACAACACAUAUGGUUCAACUCAUUAUCAUACAAAGAAUGUCCAUCCCAAUUGGUCAAAAUAUAAAACACCAACAGUGACGAUUGACAACGUUAUGUAG